CCUUAUAUAUUCAUUUGAAUUCUUCACAAAACUCGUAGAAUCUUGGUUUUCUGCUGAAAAUAAACAGACAAGAAGAAGAGAGAAGAUGCCUGAGAAAGAGGGUUCAUGUGUUGGUUUGAAUGAGCCAAGGUUAGUGGUGAGGAAGUUUUUGGCUAGGCCACAACCCGAAGGAGUUGGAGCAGUUGUGAGAAGAAGCAUAGGCCGGUUUGAGUUGAGAUACUUUGAUCCUUUCCUCGUUUUGGAUGAAUUCUCAGUGACAGCACCAGCUGGAUUUCCAGAUCAUCCACACAGAGGAUUUGAGACCGUCACCUACAUGUUACAGGGGGCAGUUAAACAUGAAGAUUUUGAAGGGCAUAAAGGGACCAUUGGCACCGGCGAUCUGCAAUGGAUGACUGCGGGACGGGGCAUUGUUCACUCCGAGAUGCCUGCAGCUCAAGGAACCCAGAAAGGUCUCCAGUUAUGGAUCAAUCUCUCCUCCAAAUACAAAAUGAUCGAGCCGAGGUAUCAAGAAGUAUCGAGUAAGGAUAUCGCGGAAGCUACGAGAGAUGGGAUCAAAGUUAGAGUUAUAGCCGGUGAGGCUUUGGGGACCAAGUCUGCAAUUUAUACCAGAACCCCAACAAUGUACUUGGACUUCACUCUAGAACCGGGUGCUUACCUUCAACAGCCGAUUCCAGGAUCGUGGAAUGCCUUUGUUUAUGUCUUGGAUGGAGAGGGUAUCUUCGGCCGGUCGAAAUCAUCACUGGUGAACGCGCACCACCUUUUGCUUCUAGGACCUGGGGAUGGCCUGGAGGCGUGGAACAAGUCAUCUAAAUUGCUGAGGUUUAUUUUAGUAGGGGGUGAACCAUUGUGUGAACCGUUGGUGCAAUUCGGACCUUUCGUGAUGAACACUCAAGAAGAGAUCGAUCGAACAGUCGACGAUUUCGAGAACUACACAAACGGAUUCGAGAAAGCAAGACACUGGAGAUCUGAAUCUGGUCGUACGUUGGGGUUCUGAUUCUUGUUUUCUUGUUGUCUAAGAACCAAUUGGUUCAUUUUGACAAGAGAGUAUUAUGGGAAUUAAACAAAAA